GUUUCUCGCCGACUCGGACAAGGCUGGCUGGCUUCUUUUCAACUCCCUGGAAAUUGCGUUCAGAGUCGAUCAUACGUACUCUGGCUUAACGGAUUGAUCCGUGCAUGAAAGACUAUACUCGUCAGGAGAUCAUUCAUCAUUUUAUAACGACGACGAUUCCAGAAAUUGGUUGACUACCGCCGCGGCUACCAAAUGAAAGACUGAUUACACCCAUUUAUUCUAUUUGGGGAAAGCAUGUUCAACCGUCUUAAGCACCCAGGCGCUUUCAAUUUGUGCGAAAGUUGAGUCAUGCUCACAACUUUUCCAUUCUACCUCGCAGGCUGUAAUGCGCCAGUACGGCAGCGACUUCGAACACAGAGGCUGUUGUUUUUCAACGUUGGACCAAUCUAAAAAAUCCUACAGAAAUACCUCUCCCCGCUCGACUAACGCCUGCUGUUGGCGGGUCCUUGAGCAUACCCAUGUGUCUGCCAUGGGUGCAAGGAUCUCCAACACUGCGAUCGAUCGCUCUUCCUCUUCCUUCAAUAGUCUUGCCGUCCGAUGCAUCAGGCAGCCAGCCAAAGGCGGUUGCAGAUACCCGAGUCAAUCAUCCGUGUCAGCCUUGAGACGACGCCUAGAUAAAGGUGCCGUUCGUCGUUUUGAAGGACAAAUAAAUGUAAGAGCAAGGCUGCCACCUUUGUGGGAUAAUCGGCCCACCGCGGCAGUCGAGCGGCAGCAUUGCGUCUAUCACAGGUAAGCAAAGACAAGCACAAGCUUGACUACCUUACGCCAGACUCGUGGUUGAAUUGCCGUGACUCUUGCUGCGUGGUCGGAAAUCGCCCACCUUCUCCCCAGAUCUCGUUGGUGGACUAGUAUGCAAAGGUGAGGCAAAUUACCCCAGCUUCCCAAUUCUGCAAGCGGAGAAGUGGCUUUUCUCCACUAGACCAUCGAUUCCGCCCUUUUCAAUAUUGUCUUCACCGACGAAAGUCCCACGAGGUCGACAUUCUCUAACCGAGGUCGAAGCUCCUUCGCAUCCAAUAAGCGGCUAGAUUUGCGAAAAACCAGAGACGUGGCACUGACGGGUUUGGUUGACACCAAACAAGACUGCCACAUCUUCGCUGCCGGCGAGGCGAUCCGCCACUUGGAACCAAUGCACGUUGGCGCCUUGUCCCGUGAUACAUAGGCUAACAAAAGGCUUGAGCCAUCGACUCUGGGGUCACUAUCCGACGGGCUCUUCGGGAACCAGUCCUGAAGCACGACUGCCUUUGGCCAGAGUUCUACUAGUCAUCUACCGGGACUUGACAUGUUGAUCCCGAUAAUGGCCUGGAAUCGGGUUGUACCCCACAAAAUACAAAUACAAGAAUGGAUUCCAUCCCAUCGACGCUGCUUCGCAGCGAUAGUGUGUCUUCCUUUUCUGCUCCUUCAGGCUUCUGGGUGGUGGCAUGCUAUUUGGACCAGCUCCUCAAGACAAUCCUCCCCUGCUACUGACGUCAAACACUGGCUGCAAGAUGGACGACAAAGAGAUACGAGACGCGCCCAUCGCAGUCGAAGACGUGACCGAUCUUCACGAGUUCAAGAACGCCGAAGGAUACGUGAUUGAUGCCAGCGACCCGGACCAUGCCAACCUCAAGCGCGCCCGUGACGGCCACACCAUCCUUCUGCCUCAACCGUCGUCCGAUCCCCAUGAUCCCCUCAAUUGGAGUCACUUCAAGAAACAUGUCAUCCUCAUCAUCAUUUCCAUGGCCGCCUUUCUGCCCGACUACGGCAGUGCCACCGGAGCGGUCACCUUGCUCCCUCAAGCCACCGUCUGGAACAUGACGCCCGACCAUGUCAAUCACUCGCAGGUUGGCAAUGUCUUCAUGUUGGGUGCAGGUGGUGUUAUUGUCGUCGCUCUGUCGGCUUACUUUGGCCGUCUUCCCGUGCUAUUCUACUUCCUCAUCCUGGCAACGGCGACUGCUAUCUGGUGCGCCGCGGCCAAGACGUUUGAGUCUUUUAUGGCGGCUCGGAUCUUGAACGGCUUCUUCAGCACGGUUGCUCAGGGUGGAGGGUUGAUGUUCAUCUACGACAUGUUCUAUUUCCACGAAAGAGCACGGAAGAUCAACAUCUGGGCCGCUUUUAUCAUCUUGUCUCCCUACUUCGGCCCCCUCUUUGCAGCCUUUAUCAUCAGCACGCAGCCAUGGCAGGUUCCAUUCUGGGUUUACGUCGCAGAGACGUCACUAUGUCUCGUCUUGACGAUCCUGUUCGUCGAAGAAACAUACUACGACCGCCGGAUCCCGCCAUCCUCCCAACCGCCUCGGGGUAACAAGCUGACGCGCCUUCUGGGGAUCUCGCAAUAUCGAUCACGACAUCUGCGCAACACGUUCGGACAAGCGGUGAUGCGCCCCGUCAAAGUCAUACUCAAACCGACAGUUUUCCUAUCAUGUUUCUACUACCUCUUGACAUUUGCCUGGGUUGUGGGGAUCAACACGACUCUAUCCAUCUUCCUCACACCAUUGUACAACUUCGGCCCCAAACAAAUCGGAUACUUCUACUUCACGCCCGUCGUGGCCGCGCUACUAGGCGAGGUCACAGGCCACUGGCUGCACGACUACCUGGCGACGAGCUACAUUCGACGGCACGACGGGCAUUUCGAGCCCGAGGUGCGUCUGCGCGCCAUCUGGGUGUCGACGCCCUUUAUGCUCGCUGGACUGGUCGGGCUGGGCUUUUGUCUCGAAGACGGCUACCAUUAUAUGGUCACCUCGCUGUUCUGGGGCCUCUAUGUUUAUGGUAUUAUGAUCACCACCGUUGCUCUUAACGCCUACAAUCUCGACUCCUACCCUGAGGCUUCGGGCGAGACUGCCGCUUGGGUCAACUUCUGCCGCACCACUGGUGGUUUUAUCAUUUCUUAUUUUCAGGUCACUUGGGCCGAAGCUCAGGGCACGAAAACCAGCUUUGGCAUCCAGGCUGGGAUCUGUGCGGGUGCUUUUCUGUUCAUCCUCUUCCUGCAGUUCUUUGGUAAGACGCUGCGGGUUAAGAGUGGUGCGCUGAACUUUGCGACUGCUUAAGGGGCACAUGGACAGGGACGGACUACAAGUCCAUGAACCGAACUUCCCCCUGUCAAAUCAAGCGUGUAUCUUCUGUCCAAGUCGAGUCGCUUGAAGAUGGUAGAUGGUCUGAAGAUAACGUUCCCACCACUAUUGGUACAGUCAGACGGCGCCGGUUCAAGUCGCAGCGAAGGCGAAGGAAGAUACUCGUACAAUAUAUAAGUAAUGCCACAUUUACAAGAGCCA